AUGAACUUUGAGUCCAACCGUUUCUACAAAGAUUCUAGGGAUAGAGGUGCAUGUUUUGUGGCUUUCAAGGGAGAUGAUAUUGAAAGUUCACUAUCAGUGAAGAUGCAUGGGAAAUCAGCAAAGGCAAUAUCCAUCCAGGCGCUGUUGGCAAACAAAUUUCUGAUCUUAGACUCUGUUGGUGAUCUACAGCUUUUGUGCCGCUCUUAUUCUGUUUAUGGAUUGGCAACUUUUUGUCACAUGAAACAGUUAACUCAGACAAUGAAAGUUAUAAAGCUGGUGGUUCUUCAUGAUUUUCCUUCAGUCGAACAAACUGUUUGGAUGUCAGAUGGACAUCAUACUGUACAUCGGAUGGUAAUAUCUGGAAUAGAUACUUCUGUUGAUGAAACAAAAAGCAAAGACAGCAGGGUAAAGCUCAUCCAAACCUCAGUUACACAAGCAAUUUUUACCAGUGAAAAAAUCGAUGAAACGGUGCCUUUGGCUGCUAAUGCAAUGUUGAUUCUUGGACAAGAAGUUCUAUUUAGGCUAUCCAGUUCGCUGGAUGAUGGAAUGGUCCGAAUGCUGACCAAGAUUCACUCUGUGACUUAUCAAGCCACCUCUGCUCCAUGGCAGGCUUUGGUAAUGCUGGGACGAAACUUGGUGGUAAUUUGGAAGCCCUUUGUGUGCUGGUUCACUGCUUUAUACACUUUCCUCAGAUGUAGUGCUUCUGUGCUUAUAUUGAAUUUAAGUUCUCAUUUGCGUAUCUGCCUGACUGUCCUAAGGUGCAACCUCGCUGCAAUAUUUUGUGGGACGGGAUGGUUUUUGUGCCCAUCAAUGUGCUCGGGUUGUGAAAUUGGACUUGUCGAUCGGAAUGGUAGGGUUAGUUCAAGCCUGGUACAAUCCGAGCUAGGCUCACAUCUGCCAGUGGACCUGCCGAUGUUGUGGGCCAGUCCAUUGUUAGUUUGA